UUUGUUAACUUUUUGACGUCCUCGUGGUGCGCGCUGAACUUCUUAAAGCGCGUGAUCUGAUUGGUUAGAAUUUGAAAAUUGCGAGCGCUGAUUGGUURAUUUGUAGUUGAACUCUUGGGAACUUGACGUUUACCGCCAAAGCAGUGCGCACGCGCAGUCACGAGUAUCCAAGCAGCAAGACAGAUGUGUUUGCUCGCAACAGGACCAAAGAGAGAAGCUUUCUGCAAAAUGAACAAUAUUUACUCUUAAAGGCUGUUCUUAAAUCCGUGAUCAUASUUGGUUGGUUUUGCUCUGGAUUUAAGCUGAGAGAUUGGGAAAGACGUAUUGACAUGGAUUUGGAGAUUCCAGUGGGUCUUUCGGACUUGCUGCAGGAUUUUACAGUGCAUGUACUUCGCGAGAAACCCGAUGAUAUCGUUGACUUUGCUGCAAAUUAUUUCAUGAAGUUGAAGCUCAAAGAGAAGCGCUCCAAGGAUGGCAACAAGRGUAAAAAAGGCAAAGGAGUUAGUUUUCAGAGUGAAGAAAACGGAGAUGAUAUGGAGGACGAUGAAAGUGAUGAYGAGAUGCCAGAACCACCGAAAAAUCGAUAUGCGAGAAGGCAAUCAGUUUGUGCCGAACCACUCAAUCCGGAUUCUGAAGACGAAGGGGACGACCAGCCGAUUGUAUACCCAAAGAGUGAUGAUCAGAGACAAAGAUUAAAUGAUGCUGUGAAAAAUAUACUUCUCUUCAAAAACCUGGCUUUAAGUCAACUCAAUGAAGUUUUAGAUGCAAUGUUUGAAAGGAAAACACAACCUGGUGACCAUGUGAUAGAUCAAGGAGAUGAUGGAGAUAAUUUCUAUGUUAUAGACAAAGGAAAUUUUGACAUAUUUGUAAAAGUAGAUGGUGAAGACAAACUGGUUGGUGCUUAUACUAAUAAAGGCAGUUUUGGAGAACUUGCAUUGAUGUAUAACACGCCAAGGGCUGCAACUAUAGUUGCAACUACUGAAGGUAUCCUCUGGGCUUUGGAUCGUAUGACAUUUAGGAGAAUUUUGUUAAAGGCAGCAGCCAAGAAGAGAAAAGCACUUGAAGGCCUGCUGGAGAGAGUUCCAAUGCUAAAAGAAAUAACAGAAUAUGAAAGAAUGAAUCUAGCAGAUGCUCUGCACUCAAAAACCUUUAAAGAUGAGGAKUGCAUUAUAACACAGGGGGAUGAAGCAGAUUAUAUGUAUUUUGUUGAAGGUGGUGUUGUUUCUAUAAGAGUGCACAAUCAGAGUGACCCUACAUCUGAGGUUGAAGUGACUCAAGUAACUGAAGGAGGAUAUUUUGGUGAACUUGCUCUUAUCACACAUAAACCAAGAGCAGCUUCUGCUUAUGCUGUUGGUGAAGUUGCAUGUGCAGUUCUUGAUGUCCAUGCAUUUGAGAGACUAUUAGGACCUUGUAUGGAUAUCAUGAAGAGAAGCAUUGACGACUAUGAAGAACAGUUGCAGAAGUUUGGCGUUGAACAUGACGAUCUAAGAUGAAAACAUGACCACAAAGAAAACAAUAUUUUGUAGAAAAAAAGACCCCUACAAGCGUUUCCCCAACCAAAGGUUUUAGUGUUAAAGUAUUUACUGUUGAUCAAAGAUUUUUUGCAAGAUUAAGCAGAGAAAUCUAAUAACUUAUUUAAUAAUUUAUCGGUGAUUUUAUAGUUAAAAGAAACUUUUAAUUUUUUGGAAAAAAUAUAAAUUAUUUUCAUGGAUAUUUGUAGUAMCACUGACUACAUGUUCUGUCAAUACUUUCAAGCUGUAAUAAUUUUGUUAUUUUAUGUAAACAUACAGAAAUGUUUUACCUAAAUUAGGUUAUUUUGCAUGCAUAUUUGCAUAUUUUAUCUACUUUAUUUUUAGUUGAUGCUACAUUGUAUGUUAAAAUACUGUUAUUGCACAUUUACUGUAAAUAAACAUUUAU